AAAAUUAUUACUACUAAUGUUCCUGUGUGCAUUAGCAACAGCACAAGACUAUCAGGACUAUCAAGAAAACACACCACGUUCUGCACCUAUAAGACUGCGCCCAAGUGCUGGACAUUUGGCAGAUUCUGCCCGGCCGACACCAGUACCAAUUUUAAAGCAAAUAAAUAAACACAAUGAAGAUGGUUCCUAUACUUAUGGUUAUGAAGGUGCUGAUGGUUCAUUUAAAAUCGAGACUAAACUGGCAACAGGUGAAGUAAAGGGCAAAUACGGUUAUGUAGAUGAGACUGGUAAAGUGCGUGUUGUAGAGUAUGGUGCUAAUAAAUAUGGAUUCCAGCCAUCUGGUGAAGGUAUAACAGUAGCACCACCAACUUUAGUAGAUGAAACCACAAGAGAUCCACCAGAAUAUGAUGAUGAACCCAUAAGACCACAGAAACAAUAUCGUGUCAAUCGACCACAGCCACAACCAAGACCAGCACCUCGUCCACAACCACAAUACGUACAAUAUGAAGAAGAGGAAGAACCUGAAAAUAUACCAGCACCACGUAGACCACAAUAUUCUUCACCACCACAAGCUUCAGCACCAGUACCACCUAGAUUACAAGUUCCCGGAGCACAACGUUCUACAGAUGUGUUAUAUUCACCUUUACAGCGUCCAGCACGUCCUGAAGCUGAUUAUUCACAAUCACAGUCAUUUGGUGAAGGUCCGUCUAAUGUCCGGAUUUCACGUCCUGUCUAUGCUCCAGCUCCCGCUAAUCCAGCGCCUUCAAGUGCACGUGCACAAGGUUUCUUAGCACCAGCAUCUGGUGGUCGCCCUCUCUUGGAACCUUUACAGUUUGGUCCAACACAAGCACCAGCACCGCGCCCCGUACAACAGCAACCGCAACAGCCACGUUAUCAACCACAAGGCAGAAGCAACGGUGGUGGUGGCGGUAGUUUAUUAGAUCAGCUAGCGCGCGACUAUGCACUGCCACAGGGCAAUGCGCAGCCAUUACAUGAUAUAUCUUUCGGUUAUUAUUAGUUUGAACUAAAUUUUAGUUACAGUAACAAAGGAUCAUCUAGUCGAUGAUUCCAUUUAAAUUAAUAAUUGUUUUAAAUAUUUUUUAUUUUGUAAAAAUUUUUAAGCAAUUCAGUUUUUUAUUAAAAAAGUUUUUUGGAAAAUAAAUUAAAUUUUUGCCAGAAUUUUU